CCCCUCUGCAGAAUAAACCGUUAGAUGAAAGUGAAACUCAGCUGCUCCAUUUUGUUCCGAGAUGAAAAUAAAAUAUUCCAGGAGUAAAAGCUAAAGCUCUGAUAUAUAAACGCUCUAAAUGAAGACGUUUAGAGUUAAUAUAAGGAGUUUUGUUGGUUUGUACUGAAGUUUUUAAUGUACACAGGUUGUUUUAUGACUUGAUAUCGUGUGUAUAGUGUUUGAUUUAACACACCGAUGUUGGAGUGAAGUAAACGUGUGUCCUGCUGUAAUCUGGAGAAGGAGACAUGACCUCCAACAUGAGUGUGUCUGGAAAACAGGACUUAAAGAAAGACGAGAGAAUGAUGGAGGGAAAGAGAUCAGACUCACCAGAACCCAGCUGUGUGUCCAUGAAGAGUGACCAGUCAAUGGAUCGUCCAAUUCUCUUCAGAGACAGAGACAGUUCUACUGAUGUGAGACCACAAAAGAAGAAAUCAAACAUCAGCAGAAAUCAGCUGGACUCCAUAUUCAAGGAGCUGGAACACAAAGUCAUCACUCUGAUAAAGAAUGAGCUGAAGAGGUUUAGGAAGCUCCUGAGUCCAGAUUACCCAGCAUGCACUGAGAGGGAGGUGGAGGAUGAGGAGGAUCUGCACAGUGUCAGAGAGGGAGCUCUGAAGAUCACACUGCACUUCCUGAAGAACAUGAAGCACACAGAUCUCGCUAACACACUGCAGAACAAACUCGUGUAUCAGACAAAGCUGAAAUCCAACCUGAGAGACAAGUUUAAAAGAAUUAAUGAAGGAAUCUCACAGCAUGGAAGAUCAGCACUUCUGAAUGAGAUCUACACAGAGCUCUACAUCACAGAGGGUUGGAGUGGAGACGUCAAUAAUGAACAUGAGGUGAGACAGAUUGAGACAGUGUCCAGGAGACCAGCACCACAGGAGACACCCAUCAACUGUAAUGACCUCUUUAAGUACAAGUCCAUCAGAACUGUGCUGACUAAAGGAGUUGCUGGAAUUGGAAAAACAGUCUCUGUGCAGAAGUUCAUUCUGGACUGGACUGAAGGAAAAUCAAAUCAGGACAUCACCUUCAUGUUUCCACUUCCCUUUAGAGAGCUGAAUCUGAUGAAGGAGAAAAAUCUCAGUCUGAUGAAUCUUCUUCAUCACUUUUUCCCAGAAAUAAGAGAACUAGAAUCAAUAGACUGUGACUCCUACAAAGUGGUGUUGAUCUUUGAUGGUCUGGAUGAGUGUCGACUUCCUCUAAAUUUCCAGAAGAAUGAGAGAUUGUGUGAUGUGACACAGUCAGCCUCAGUGGAUGUUCUGCUGACGAACCUCAUCAAGAGGAAUCUGCUUCCCUCUGCUCUUCUCUGGAUAACCUCUCGACCAGGAGCAGCCAAUCAGAUCCCCCCUGAGUGUGUAGACCAGGUAACAGAGGUACGAGGGUUUAAUGAUCCUCAGAAAGAGGAGUACUUCAGGAAGAGGAUCAGUGAUCAGAGCCUGGCCAAUAAAAUCAUCAGACACGUGAAGUCUUCAAGAAGCCUCUACAUCAUGUGCCACAUCCCAGUCUUCUGCUGGAUCUCAGCCACUGUUCUAGAGAGAAUGUUGGGUGAAGCAGAGAGUGGAGAGAUCCCCAAGACUCUGACUCAAAUGUUUACACACUUCCUGAUCUUUCAGAUCAAACACAAGGAUGAAAAGUACCAUCAGAAACAUGACCCUGAUCCUCAGCAGACCAGAGAGAGUAUCCUGGCACUGGGAAAACUGGCUUUCCAGCAGCUGGAGAAAGGAAACCUGAUCUUCUAUGAGGAAGACCUGAGAGAGUGUGGCAUUGAUGUCAGAGAAGUGUCAGUGUACUCAGGAGUGUGUACCCAGAUCUUCAGAGAGGAGUUUGGGCUUCACCUGGGGAAGGUGUUCAGCUUUGUACAUCUGAGUGUUCAGGAGUUUCUGGCUGCUUUAUACGUGUUUUUCUGCUUUAAAUUUAGAAAGACAAAUGUGCUUGUGGAGCAAAGCACUGGACAUUUUAAUUUCUUCAGAAAUCCAAACAUGUCUGAUCUCCUCAGGAGUGCAGUGGACAAGGCCUUACAGAGUGAGAAUGGACACCUGGACCUGUUCCUCCGCUUCCUUCUGGGUCUCUCACUGGAGUCCAAUCAGACUCUCUUACGAGACUUAAUGCCACAGACAGGAAGUAGUUCUCACAGCAAACAGGAAACAGUGAAGUACAUCAAGGAGAAGAUCAGGGAGAAUCCAUCUCCAGAGAAAUCCAUCAAUCUGUUCCACUGUCUGAAUGAACUGAAUGAUCAUUCUCUAGUGCAGGAAGUACAAACUUACCUGAACACAGGAUAUUACAGCUGUCUCAGUGGAUCCAGUCUCUCUCCUGCUCAGUGGUCAGCUCUGGUGUUUGUGUUACUGACCUCAGAACAGGAGCUGGAUGAGUUUAAUUUGAGUAAAUAUGAUCCAUCAGAGGAAUGUCUUCUGAGACUGCUGCCAGUGGUCAAAGCCUCCAGAAAAGCUGUUCUGUGUGUGUGUAAUCUGACAGAGGAAAGCUGUAGAGCUCUGUCCUCAGUUCUCAGCUCAAACUCCUCCAGUCUGAGAGAACUGAACCUGGGUUACAAUAAACUGCAGGAUUCAGGAGUGAAGCUGCUCUCUGCUGGACUGAAGAAUCCACACUGUACACUGGAGAUACUGAGUCUGUGUGUGUGUAAUCUGAUAGAGGAAAGCUGUAGAGCUCUGUCCUCAGUUCUCAGCUCAAACUCCUCCAGUCUGAGAGAACUGAACCUGAGUGACAAUAAACUGCAGGAUUCAGGAGUGAAGCUGCUCUCUGCUGGACUGAAGAAUCCACACUGUACACUGGAGAUACUGAGGAUGAGGAACUGCAGUAUUACAGAUGAAGGUUGUGCUGCUCUGGAUUCAGCUCUGAGGUCAAACUCCUCAUCACACCUGAGAGAACUGAAUCUGGACGAUAAUAAUCCAGGAGAAUCAGGAGUGAAGCUGCUCUCUGAUCUACUGAAGGAUCCACACUGUAAACUGGAGACACUACAUCUGUGUCAGUGUAAUCUGACAGAGGAAAGCUGUAGAGCUCUGUCCUCAGUUCUCAGCUCAAACUCCUCCAGUCUGAGAGAACUGAACCUGAGUUACAAUAAACUGCAGGAUUCAGGAGUGAAGCUGCUCUCUGCUGGACUGAAGAAUCCACACUGUACACUGGAGAUACUGAGGAUGAGGAACUGCAGUAUUACAGAUGAAGGUUGUGCUGCUCUGGAUUCAGCUCUGAGGUCAAACUCCUCAUCACACCUGAGAGAACUGAAUCUGGACGAUAAUAAUCCAGGAGAAUCAGGAGUGAAGCUGCUCUCUGAUCUACUGAAGGAUCCACACUGUAAACUGGAGACACUACAGCUGUGUGUGUGUAAUCUGACAGAGGAAAGCUGUAGAGCUCUGUCCUCAGUUCUCAGCUCAAACUCCUCCAGUCUGAGAGAACUGAACCUGAGUUACAAUAAACUGCAGGAUUCAGGAGUGAAGCUGCUCUCUGCUGGACUGAAGAAUCCACACUGUACACUGGAGAUACUGAGUCUGUGUUGGUGUAAUCUGACAGAGGAAAGCUGUAGAGCUCUGUCCUCAGUUCUCAGCUCAAACUCCUCCAGUCUGAGAGAACUGGACCUGAGUGACAAUGAACUACAGGAUUCAGGAGUGAAGCUGCUCUCUGCUGGACUGAAGAAUCCACACUGUACACUGGAGAUACUGAGGAUGAGGAACUGCAGUAUUACAGAUGAAGGUUGUGCUGCUCUGGAUUCAGCUCUGAGGUCAAACUCCUCAUCACACCUGAGAGAACUGGAUCUGAACCGUAAUAAUCCAGGAGAAUCAGGAGUGAAGCUGCUCUCCCAUCUACUGAAGGAUCCACACUGUAAACUGGAGACACUACAUCUGUUUCAGUGUAAUCUGACAGAGGAAAGCUGUAGAGCUCUGUCCUCAGUUCUCAGCUCAAACUCCUCCAGUCUGAGAGAACUGAACCUGAGUCACAAUAAACUGCAGGAUUCAGGAGUGAAGCUGCUCUCUGCUGGACUGAAGAAUCCACACUGUACACUGGAGAUACUGAGGAUGAGGAACUGCAGUAUUACAGAUGAAGGUUGUGCUGCUCUGGCUUCAGCUCUGAGGUCAAACUCCUCAUCACACCUGAGAGAACUGGAUCUGGACGGUAAUAAUCCAGGAGAAUCAGGAGUGAAGCUGCUCUCUGAUCUACUGAAGGAUCCACACUGUAAACUGGAGACACUACAUCUGUUUCAGUGUAAUCUGACAGAGGAAAGCUGUAGAGCUCUGUCCUCAGUUCUCAGCUCAAACUCCUCCAGUCUGAGAGAACUGAACCUGAGUGUCAAUAAACUGCAGGAUUCAGGAGUGAAGCUGCUCUCUGCUGGACUGAAGAAUCCACACUGUACACUGGAGAUACUGAGUCUGUUUCGGUGUAAUCUGACAGAGGAAAGCUGUAGAGCUCUGUCCUCAGUUCUCAGCUCAAACUCCUCCAGUCUGAGAGAACUGGACCUGAGUGAGAAUAAACUGCAGGAUACAGGAGUGAAGCUGCUCUCUGCUGGACUGAAGAAUCCACACUGUACACUGGAGAUACUGAGUCUGUGUCGGUGUAAUCUGACAGAGGAAAGCUGUAGAGCUCUGUCCUCAGUUCUCAGCUCAAACUCCUCCAGUCUGAGAGAACUGGACCUAAGUUACAAUAAACUGCAGGAUUCAGGAGUGAAGCUGCUCUCUGCUGGAAUGAAGAAUCCACACUGUACACUGGAGAUACUGAGUCUGUGGGAGUGUAAUCUGACAGAGGAAAGCUGUAGAGCUCUGUCCUCAGUUCUCAGCUCAAACUCCUCCAGUCUGAGAGAACUGAACCUGAGUAAGAAUAAACUGCAGGAUUCAGGAGUGAAGCUGCUCUCUGCUGGACUGAAGAAUCCACACUGUACACUGGAGAAACUGAGGAUGAGGAACUGCAGUAUUACAGAUGAAGGUUGUGCUGCUCUGGAUUCAGCUCUGAGGUCAAACUCCUCAUCACACCUGAGAGAACUGAAUCUGAACCGUAAUAAUCCAGGAGAAUCAGGAGUGAAGCUGCUCUCUGAUCUACUGAAGGAUCCACACUGUAAACUGGAGACACUACAUCUGUGUGAGUGUAAUCUGACAGAGGAAAGCUGUAGAGCUCUGUCCUCAGUUCUCAGCUCAAACUCCUCCAGUCUGAGAGAACUGGACCUGAGUGAGAAUAAACUGCAGGAUUCAGGAGUGAAGCUGCUCUCUGCUGGACUGAAGAAUCCACACUGUACACUGGAGAUACUGAGUCUGUGUGUGUGUAAUCUGACAGAGGAAAGCUGUAGAGCUCUGUCCUCAGUUCUCAGCUCAAACUCCUCCAGUCUGAGAGAACUGGACCUGAGUAACAAUAAACUGCAGGAUUCAGGAGUGAAGCUGCUCUCUGCUGGACUGAAGAAUCCACACUGUACACUGGAGAUACUGAGGAUGUGGAACUGCAGUAUUACAGAUGAAGGUUGUGCUGCUCUGGAUUCAGCUCUGAGGUCAAACUCCUCAUCACACCUGAGAGAACUGAAUCUGAACGGUAAUAAUCCAGGAGAAUCAGGAGUGAAGCUGCUCUCUGAUCUACUGAAGGAUCCACACUGUAAACUGGAGACACUGCACAUUAAUUAUGAUAAACUCACCAGGUCUGGUGUAUGACCGGAGUCUGACCUCAAACCUCUUGUCCAGGAUAAAGCAGUAGUGGUGAAGCGUUAGAACCCGUCCCACAUUUCCAGCAGUUUGGGAGCUGAAUCAUUCAUAUUCAGAUGUAGAAGUUCCAGAACAAUAACCGUGACUGACCACAUCCUUUUAUCCACUCAGCUACAAGUUACUUCAGGCUUUAAUCACAUAUUUUACAAUCCAAAGUCCAAUCCUUCAGCAAUCCUUGAGGAUGCAGCUGUUUGCUUUGAGGAUGCAGCGUGUGGAGUAAAUGUGGUCUCCCAGGCAGGAAAUCCAGGAUCCAGUUGCAGAGGGAGGUGUUGGUGCCCAGCAGACUCACUAGUAGAGAGAAAUUGUACCAUGGUCAAAUAAGUCAAACUUAAAAAAGUCCUUGUUCAUCUUAAGUAGAAGCUGGUUCUCAAAGUUAUGCCAAUUAAUUGCUCCCCUUCUUGGGCUGAAGAUCAAUCCAGCUUCACUUAAAAGUCUCUCACAUGCCUCUGAGGCAGGGAGGGCUGUGUCCAGCUUAAGUGACAGGUUGGAUAAGGCUGGAUAAGAUGUCAGCAUAGUCAUACCUUCAGCUGUACAUGUUAGGUAUGCAUCCAGUUGUUUGGAUGUCACCUGUGUGCACACAUGCUUUAUAUCAGAGAAUAAACCCUCUUCAUCCAAAGUGUAUGAGGAGUUGUCAGCAGGCUAAAGACUCUCAUCAUGAUCAGGAAGAUGUCAGACGUGACAAAGAUGAUGACGUCCGACCCUACGUAUGACUGGACACUCAAAUGAUUAUUUAAUGGGUAAUGUUUUCUCAAAUAUUUCUAUUCCAAUAAAAUUAAAACCUCUUUACUCGUUAAUAGAACACAAAAGUUUCUUGUUGUGUUAACUAAAUGCCAAGUUUUAAGUCCUAUACUGAUAUUGUUUAGAAGUUAAUAGAAGUGUUAGGGCUUACAGUGAGGAGGAAUCUGCAAUGCAAAACAAAACAGAUAUUAGAAUAGAAAAGGAAAGAAAACAUUUCAAGUUGUUUGUUACAGAACUCGAUAGUGAUCCAGUGCAAUCACACAAUCUAGACCAGGGGUGCCCAAACUUUUUCCUAUGAAGGGCCAAAAAUCAAACUUGACCGAGGGCCAAGGGCCAAAGGUAAAUGUUGCAUCAUAUACCAAACUGUAUUACAUUAAAGUUGCCAUGAGUUACCCUCAUUUAUUUCAGAAUAUUUAAAAAUAAAUAGAAAACAACUUUAAUCUGAUUAACCAAAGCAGUUUUAUUUGUAAAGUUCUGUAGUUCAAUGAACUUAUUACAAUAAAAAUAAACAAUCCCUGAAUUGUUCAGUGUUCAAUACAGUUCAAUGCUGAAUGCACUAGUCAAGCUGUAAGCAAUAAUAAAACCAUGUUGUUGCAAUG